AUGGUCUCUUUUAAUUAUGAGGAAUUUAACAAAUCUAUUAGGAACUUUUCAGAUAUUCUUCAAGAGUUGAACGGAUCACAGCAGAAGAUACAAAAGUUGCGAGAUAAUGUGAAAAAGACAAAAGUUUGCCUCAAAUCACACGCAACAGAUCUUUCAACACUGUAUACAAAUUAUCUUCAACAUUCAGAAUAUUUGAGAAUUUUGAAUAUUGUAAAUGAGGUCAAGCAAGUUCCCGAUAGAAUCUCUGUACUUAUUGAAAAGAAACACUACUCAUCUGCUAUUAGACUUUCCAAAAAGUGUCACCAAUAUUUGAAGAAUAGCCCCGAAUUGAAACACAUUAAGGGAUUGGAGGAUAUAAGAAAUCAAUUGAAAAAUUUUGAAAAACAGUUACCUGACAAGAUGAUUGAUGCUCUCACCACACAUUUGUAUAGCCUUGAUGUGGAAAAAUGUACAAUACCAAAAGAGCAAUUGCCAAAAUCACCAAUGCACGCGAGACCAAUCUCGAUCACAGAGGAAAGUAUCAAGAAGAAAAUUCAAAACGAGCGUAUGAACACCAAAAAGCAAGGUUUUCAAUCUGUCCAUGAAAGAGCCUUUGCUAUGGUACAACAAAAGAAUACAGACUCUUUUGAUUUGGCAGAUAAUACUGAUUUAACAUUCGAUCCAGAGCAAGACAGUAAUUACUUUUUAUCCAUGAUUAUUGAUGGACUUGAUACGCUUGGUAAAUUAUCACUGCUUCAAUCUAGAAUGGUUCACAGUUUAAAAUAUGAUGUGAGGUCACUUAUUGAAAAGCAAAUUCUUGAAUUUGUUAACAAUUUAGAAGAGCAAGGUGCUGAUUUUACAUGGAAUAUUUCUCAAUCCAUGCUAAAAGAGAGUAAGUCAGCAACCUCUAUCCAACAGGGUGCAAUUUUGAAAAAGCUCUUUAACAGAAUUUUCUCAAACAUUGCCCAAUUAUUGGAAAAGUAUAAAUUCAUGAUUGGGAUUAUGGAACUGAGAGCUGCCAGUUUAGAUUUCAGCUCAUUGACUAACACAUCAGAGGAUACGAUGGUUGCUACACCGGUUGACAUUAAAUUGACCAAACCAGUUAUUGAAAAAAUUAAGAAGGCUAUUAAUGAGAAAAUCGACCAUCUAAAGAUCAAUUUGAAGACAAAAGAGCCUAGUAAUUACAUGUCACUGUUAUCAGAUCAUUCAUCAAAAACCAAGGAAGCUAAUAAUCUUUACUUGUCAUUACUGACAGACCUUUCAAACAACUUUUUCAAGAAAAAUAUGGAAGAAGAUUUGAGGGUUAGAGAUGUCAUUUCUUUCUUUGAAGGCCAAUUAAGCUUGAAAAUCACAAAGCAAACAGCCAUGACAGAUUCUAUCAAGGAAAAGUUCUCCUCUCUCAUCACAACCAGUGUUUCCGAUUCAACUACCCCUCAUACUUUUACAGCCACAUAUGUAUGGAAGACAGCCCAAGAGGAAAUCAAGAAUGUUCUUAAGGAUAUUCUUGGAUUAACAAAUCUAUCUAGUCUAGUUGAAACAUUAGGAAGCAAGUCUUCUACUGAAGCGCUAAAGAAUAUUAUCGAUACGGGAGCUCCUUCCUCACACGACGACUACAAGAUUACAUUUAAAUAUUCAUUCAAUGUUGACUACUACGAGCAAUCAAAUGAAAAGAGUUCAGAUUCAGAUGUCUCUCCUAUUAUUUCACAUUUCUCGAAAUACUUUUUGCUCUCUCCAUACAACAUGCUUUGGGUUUACAAGGAAGUGUCAACUUUUAUUGAUCAGUGUAAGACUAUUGUUGUGGAUGAAAUUGGAAAAAAUGAUUCAAACGAAUAUCAAAGCCUUAAGGUGUUUUGUGAUGAUAUUGUUAGGCACUAUUUACUUUCUGUUGUGAAAACAGAUUACAGAACAAAAAUGAAUGAACUAUUAAGAAAGGACUCUACUGCCUUCAAUUGUGUAAAUAGCAAAGAUUUUGCAAGUUUGCUGCCUAACUCAAAUAGAGAAAUUUAUAAUCAAAAAGAAAUCUUUCUGGGAUCUAUUAGUUGUAUGAGAUGGAUUAGCGAAAUUAUAGUUAUAGCUAAAACUAUUCCAAUAAUCAAAUAUGAAUUUUAUAGUACCAUAGAAUUAGUUUUGAAGAGAUACCUUGAUGAAUGUUAUACCUUCUUUGAUUUGGCCCUUUCUUCUAGCUAUUGUCAACAAAUUUUGAAACAGAGUAGAGAUUAUAGUUCUGUACUUGUAAAUGAACCCCUUUUCCAAAAAGCACAAAAGUGGAAACCUCUCAAUUUGAAACGUAAGGCUGUGGAUCCAGAGGAAAUUAGAAAGAUUUUCGAACAAUUAGUGGACAAACCAAUCAGUAAUAUUACCUAUGAUUCUUCAAGAAAAACCCAUGUCAUUGAUAGAACAUCUGGGUUCAUGUCUCUUUCUGCUUUAAAUGGUACUUUGGAAUGGGUUUUGGAGAAUAUUUACUUGUGGCACUUUGAUAUCAUCUCACUAACAGCCAAACAAAACACCUCAAUGACUGACUUCCAUCACGCCUCAAAAGACAAGCUUUUCAAGCACACCAAUAGAUCAACAUCUCUUUUGCUAAACUCAAGCUUUCAAGUUGUUAGACAAUUGGAAGAUUAUUAUGAAAAAUUUGUAGAGUUAUAUAAUGACUGUUUGUUGGCUAUUAAGAUUGAUUUGAGAAUUCGUUGCCUUUUCUCCGUAAAGAAAAAUUUGGUACAAAAUUUAAUAGAUUCCGACCAUCCAUAUAGUAGUGAAGAGUUGACUGAACAGCCAGAAUCAUUUGUGGAGGAAUUUAAUAAGGAUCUAUUAAUGAUUUAUCGCUCAUUGAGCACAUGUACAUCAGAAGAAAAACUCAAUUAUGUUUUUUCAGGCAUUGGAAAAUUCAUUUCUGGUCUACUAAUCAAUUCUCUGGUUACAGCAAGUAAAUCAAGCUCUCCUAAAUUCUCAAUUGAAGGUAUACAAAGAAUGAAACGUAAUAUCACAGCUCUCCAACAACAAAUCAGCUAUGUAACAUCAAAACAGGAAUUAUCCUUCAAUUCUGUCAUUCAAUAUUAUGAACUUUUACUUUUGGACGAGAUUGGUCUGAUUGAGCAUGCCAGAAAUAUUCACACCUUCACUCGAGAACAAUAUCUUUCCAUCUUUAAAUGUACAACACCAAAACAAAGUAUUGACAAGAAAAAGUUCGAAAGGGACUUGGAUGGAGCAAUUCAUAAAAGUAAGCUCAUCAAGAAAUCCGCAUCCUCAGCUACACUUAGCCAAUCCUCAAUACCUACCACACCAACUCUCAAACAUUCCACAACUGCUACUUCUACACUCUCCACUUCCUCAUCAAAACAACAACUCAAUAAUUAA